AUGGGGCCCCGUCGCACCACCCUCACCUAUAGCUCAGAGGAUGCGGCACCCCUGGGCGACGCCCAGGUGUUCGUUUAUUACUGCAAGUACAGCGGCAAGCACGUGCUGACGACAGACUGCGACCUGUCCAAGGCGCCCCGUCGCCAGACAGACCAUGCCCUGGUGAUCGACACCACACGGCACACAGUCCGCCUGUACAAUACAACAGACGCCGGGGAGAAGCUCCUACGACGGAGGAGUGGUGCCGUGGAGCGUCAGCUCCGCAUGCGCGUGGGCAAGCUGCCCUUUGCGUACUGGACGGAGCCGGAGGGCAAGCUCCUGUACAUCAUGGACUCGGCGGUCACGACCUACAGCACGGCGGACGACCCCUCCGGGUCCGGGGUCAUCGUGCCGGUGCCCCCCUGCAUCCGCGCGCUGGACGCGGCGGGGGGCGCCACGGCCGUGACUCUGGAGGUGGACGACCGCGCCAGGGGCACGGGCAUCCUGAAGGUGUCGGCGGAUGCGGUGCGGCUGCAGCUGAAGACCUCUAUCAUCGCGGAGGGGGCGGCGGAGGAGCUCCUGGAGUACCUCAGGAGCAUCCUCGGCACCCGGCUGUCCCAACUGUCCUUGGAAAGGGGUGAAGCCACGAGGAAGCCAACGCUCCGCGUUACGGGGCUCGGCCCCGCCGCCGUCUACGCCAAGCUGGCGGCGGCGCUGCAGGCGCAGGCUGCCGCCCUGGACGCCGUGCCGGCGUGA